AAAUAUGCCAUUAGGUAUAUUGUAAUAGACUUCCAUCACCACUUCGCUCAACCAAGUUGUACAACGGCGAAGACGACCUCCCAUGAACUCGUUAACUCGAGGCCCCCUCCUUUCUUCUUCCCCGCGGCAGCAGCGCCGCAGCCAGUGGUGGAACGCCGAGCACCCUCACCCCACCACCGAACGUCCCAUCCCAGCCCGCCUCUCUUUUGCCGCCUUCUCCUCCUCUUCCCCCGCCGGCGCCGCCGCCAUCUCCGUCUCGGCGGCGAAGCCGGUGGUCGUCGUGGGCUCCGCCAACGCCGACAUCUACGUCGAGAUCGACCGCCUCCCCCUUGAGGGCGAGACAAUCGCCGCCCGCGCCGGGCAGACGCUCGCGGGCGGCAAGGGCGCCAACCAGGCCUGCUGCGGCGGCCGCCUUGACUACCCCACUUACUUCAUCGGCCAGAUCGGGGACGACGCCCAUGGGCGCCUUAUCGAGGAUGCCCUCCGUGGCGGCGGCGUCCGCCUCGACCGCCUCGCGCGGGUGUCCAGCGCGCCCACCGGCCAUGCCGUAGUGAUGCUGCAGUCCGACGGGCAGAACGCCAUCAUCAUCGUCGGCGGGGCCAACAUGAGCUGCUGGCCCGAGGAUCCCCGCGACGAGGACUUGGAGGUCGUCCGUAGUGCCGGAGUGCUGCUGCUGCAGCGCGAGAUCCCCGAUCGGGUCAAUAUCCAGGUCGCUCAGGCUGCAAAAGGUGCAGGAGUUCCUGUUAUUCUAGAUGCUGGAGGGAAGGAAGGUCCUGUUCCUGAUGAACUCAUAAAGCUUGUGGAUAUUUUCAGCCCAAAUGAAACAGAGUUAGCACGUUUGACAGGAAUGCCAACAGAGACUUUUGAACAGAUCAGCCAUGCUGCAAAAAGAAUCCAUGAGAAGGCCGUCAAGAAAGUCCUAGUGAAACUUGGGGCAAAAGGUUCAGCUCUAUUUAUUGAAGGGGAAGAUCCAAUCGUACAACCCAUCAUACCUGCUUCAGAAGUUCUUGAUACCACGGGAGCCGGUGAUACCUUCACUGCUGCAUUUGCUGUGGCUCUUGUUGAGUGCAAGCCCAUGAAAGAAUGCUUGAAAUUUGCCGCUGCCGCAGCUUCACUCUGUGUUCAAGUUAAGGGGGCCAUCCCAAGCAUGCCUGACAGAGCUGCAGUUGUCGAGCUUCUACAGUCUCUCCAAGCUGAUGCUGCUACAAAGUGAACAACUAAGCCAACAUAAUUCUCAAACUUUCGGAAUAAACGUUGGCAUGCCGUUUCUUCUUUUUGUUCCACCAAGUGUAAUUACUUAUCAGUGUUUAAAGUACAGGUAUUGAAUCAGUAAUCUCUUUGGUGGGCAUUUCCAGUGUGCCAACUUUUCAUGGAUGUUUUCUUCUUACUUUGAGCUACAACACCAUAUACCCUUUUGCAAUUCUGCGCAAGGGGGAAAUAAAACAUUAUCUCUCACCAUGUCACUUUUCCUUUAUAAGGGCAGCAGGACAUCCAAGUGAGUAUCAUAUGUCCAAGUUUUCAGUCUAUUGUAAUAAUGCCUAUUGCUUAACCUUUGGGUAGCAAUUGAUUAUUUUCCCAAAGUGAUUGUUUAAUUUAUGAUGUGUUAAUACA